AUGACAUCGACAAGCUUGACAUCUCUAUCACAUUUGUUGUUGAGACACAUUGUAUCAUACUUGGACAAUGUUGACAUUGUCUGUGUAGUGUUGUCCUCCAAGUCAAUGUUCAAUGAUCGUUGUAAAUAUGCAAGACUAUCAGUUCAAUCACUCAAAGAUCGAUCAAUCUAUGACAACAACAAUGACAAUGACAGUAGCAACAGCAGUAGCAACAACAACAAUAUCAAUACAAUGUUCAAUCUUGGAUCAUUCAAACAAUUGAUUAUGAACUCUUUGAAUGGUGAUGCUGAUCACUUUAGUGGACAACAACAUCAACAACUACCUCAACAACAACAGAAUGCACGUCAACAAAAGGCACGUGAAAGACUACAAUCAAAUGACUUUAUGGUGAUCAAUCACUUGUCAAACUUAAAGACAUUGGAGCUCAAUACAAAGGUCGUGAGGAUCAAGUUCAAUGAUACAUUCAAUCAACCAUUGCUACCCGGUUGUAUCCCAGAUCAUGUCAGACACUUGUCCUUUGGCGAAAAGUACAACCGACCACUCAGAGCAGGUGUCCUCCCUCAGCAACUCCAGAGUCUCUACCUUGGCUGGUCGUUCGAUCUCUCACUCCCAGCCGGUAUCCUACCACAAUCACUACUCCGACUGAUGCUGGCAUCCUACCGACCACAUCCGUCACGUGUCCUUUGCAUCCCAGACUCUGUGACCUACCUCAAGAUAUACGAUUCAUUCGCCAACAGCUUCCCAACAUCAUCCAUCCCCAGUUCAGUCAAGCGACUUUCAUUUGGAUUCGAGAUCAAUGAGCCAUUGCCUACUGGAUUGAUUCCGGCGGGCCUAGACUAUUUGGCUGUGAAGCUGUGGCGAUACCUGACAUCUGCGACACCGAUAACAUUCUGCCCCAUCCCACCCGGAACAAUACCAUCGGGUAUCACGACAUUGAACCUUGGACGACGAUUUGACAUGGCCUUGCAGCAGGGCUCGGUUCCCAAUGGUGUGCAGCAUCUGGUGAUAUCGUCAUCAUUCUUCAAGUGCAAUAAGUUUGAUGUGUUACCAUCGUCCAUUCGAACAUUGACCAUUCAUCCAAACAGCAAUCAAUCAAAAUCCUACACCAUUGCCAUCAGACCACUUGGCAUCAACACAACAAUGGUGAUCGAUCAAUCAUUACAUGGAUAUGUAGUGGUAGUCGUCGGUGAUGGAGGUGGCACAGACUACAUCAUGUUGGCACUACAACGACUGAUUCAAUUCAAUGAGGAGAGUAUAUCAGAUAGGAUCAAGCGAUUGUUUCCUAUUACAGGCGCCAUUGCUGAGGAUCAGUUCAUUCAAUACACGUGA